AUUGUUUGCGGAGUCCUGCGGCUCUUAACGAGCGCUUCACAGACGGGAAGGAGAACAAGUAGGCGGUGUAUGAUUCUGCCCUGUGCUGGGGCGAGUGAGCUGAGCUCUUUGAUUUCUCCCAAGUAACCGUGUGGGUGAACUGUAAACUGGGUGCCUGGCUUGACCCUGAAUCUUUUUCUCUAGGGUGAGGAGUUCCUUCUUUCUGCAACCGACAGCUGGCUUUCUGCCCUGGUGGGGAAAGAUGCCCAGGAGUGGAGUAGGAUUACAAUUUGGAGUGCUAGGGACACACCAAAGAGUCGGAGUGCCUUGGCUUUGUGUUUUGCAAAGUCCUGACAAGUGCUCCUGAAAUGAACACCCUGUUUCGUUUUUUAAAUUAUACUUUUAUUUAUUUAUUAUUUUUUGGCCGUGGAUAUCGCUGAUCUAGAAACGGAGUCCACAAUGUGGCUAGGGUAAAACAUUUUUCUUUUCUUUCUUAAUCCCUCCUUUUCCCUUUCUUUUUAAUCGGGUGACACAGAAGCCGUCUUUUUGGAUAAUGCCGUGCCUGACUGUCAGCGUUGUCUAAGAGGGAAACAGCAGGCGUGUGGAGAGGACCUGGGCCAAUGCAAAAAACCCAGCUUUUUGUUUGCUGGUCUGUUCUUUGUCUCUAGUUGAUUUUGAAAAGAAGAUGAAAAAGGAAGGCUCUUCAGGUUCCUUCAGACUGAAGCCGAAUGCAGGUUCUCUCUCACGUGCUGUGAGUUGGAUAAAUUUCUCCUCCUUGUCCAGGCAGACAAAGAGGCUGUUUCGCAGUGAUGGAGAGCUCUCGGUUUGUGGGCAGCAGGUGGAAGUGGAUGACGAAAACUGGAUAUACAGAGCCCAGCCCAGAAAAGCGGUUUCCAACCUAGAUGAGGAGAGCCGAUGGACAGUCCACUACAGUGCCCCAUGGCACCAGCAGGAGAAUGUGUUCCUUCCCACCACAAGACCCCCCUGCGUUGAGGACCUGCACCGCCAAGCCAAACUCAAUCUAAAAUCAGUAUUGAGGGAAUGUGAUAAGUUGCGGCAUGAUGGCUACCGCAGUUCUCAGUACUACUCUCAGGGACCCACCUUUGCGGCCAACGCCAGCCCGCUCUGUGAUGAUUACCAAGACGAAGAUGAAGAAGCAGAUCAAAAGUGUUCUCUCUCUUCAUCAGAAGAAGAAAGAUUUAUUUCCAUCAGGAGACCUAGAACACCAACCUCAAGUGACUUCUCCGACCUUAAUACUCAGACGAACUGGACCAAGUCGCUUCCACUGCCAACACCAGAAGAGAAGAUGCGACAGCAAGCCCAAACAGUCCAGGCUGAUGUGGUGCCUAUUAACAUAACUGCAUCAGGCACUGGCCAAGAUGAUAUCGAUGGUCACUCAGUGCACACCCCCGAUCACUACUCUGCGCUAGGAAGGUUCAAUAGCUAUCGGUCUGCUGGGCAGCGCUCAGAAACCAGGGACUCCAGCUGUCAGACGGAGGAUAUGAAGGUCGUACCACCUUCCAUGAGGAGAAUCAGGGCACAGAAGGGGCAAGGCAUUGCUGCCCAGAUGGGCCACUUCUCAGGUUCUUCUGGCAACAUGUCUGUGCUGAGCGAUUCUGCGGGGAUCGUAUUCCCUUCCCGCCUCAACAAUGAUGCUGGCUUCCAUAGUCUUCCGCGUUCUGGAGCGAGGGCAAACAUUCAGUCUCUUGAGCCGAGGCUGGGUGCCCUGGGACCUGCAGGAGACAUGGAUGGCACAUUCCUCUACCAGGGAGGUCACCCACAAGCAGAUGAAAACUUAGGCCAUUUAGGAGGUGCCUCAGAGACUGGAACACUUUUGAGACCCAAAUCCCAAGAGCUGAGACACUUUGAGAGUGAAAAUGUAAUGAGCCCAGCAUGUGUGGUUUCUCCUCAUGCAGCCUACUCCACCAGCAUCAUCCCAAAUGCCACACUGUCUUCCUCUUCCGAGGUCAUCGCUAUUCACACUGCUCAGAGUGCAGGGCAGCGGGAAAGUAGAAGUUCUGGCUCAUCACAUGCAAGGAUAAAACCCAGAGACCACCUCAUCUCCAGGCAUGCUGUGAAAGAUGAUCAUCAGUCUCCUGGUCGCCACUGGAAUGAGGGUCACACCACCAUUCUUUCACAGGCCUUAGACCCUCAUUCCCCUGGUGCACCCACACUGUUGUCCCUCUGUGACUCGGCAGUCUCUCUAAAUGCUCCAGCAAAUAGGGAGAAUGCGUCCCAAGCCAUGCCGUAUAAUUGUAGAAACAACCCAGCCUUCCCAGCCCACUCCCAAGAUGUGGAUGGCAAGAGUGAAUCUAGUUAUUCAGGGGGUGGAGGGCACAGCAGCUCGGAGCCCUGGGAAUACAAGUCCUCAGGUAAUGGAAGGGCAUCCCCCCUAAAGCCACAUUUAGCAACUCCUGGCUACUCCACUCCCACAAGUAACAUGAGCAGCUGCAGUUUGGACCAAACAUCCAACAAAGAGGAUGCUGGGUCGCUGUAUUCCGAGGACCACGAUGGCUACUGCACAUCUGUGCACACUGACUCUGGACAUGGAUCUGGGAAUCUGUGCAAUAGCGGUGAUGGCUUUGGGAACCCCAGGCACAGCGUGGUCAAUGUUUUUGAUGGAAGAGCUCAGAAAAACCAAGGGGACCGGUCCAAUUACCAGGAUAAAUCCCUAUCGAGAAACAUCUCUUUGAAGAAAGCAAAGAAGCCUCCCCUGCCACCCUCCCGGACAGACUCCCUCCGCAGGAUUCCCAAGAAGAGUGGCCAGUCCAAUGGGCAGGUGCUCAACGAGAGCCUGAUCGCCACACUCCAGCACUCGCUGCAGCUAAGCCUUCCAGGCAAGGGUGGCAGCUCGCCCUCCCAGAGCCCCUGCAGUGACUUGGAAGAGCCCUGGCUGCCCCGCUCCCGGAGCCACAGCACGGUCAGUGCUGGCAGCAGCAUGACUUCCGCCACCACCCCCAAUGUCUACUCCCUGUGUGGGGCCACACCAUCGCAGAGUGACACGAGCAGUGUCAAGUCAGAGUACACGGACCCCUGGGGUUACUACAUUGACUACACGGGCAUGCAGGAAGAUCUGGGGAACCCAGCAGGGGGCUGUUCAACCAGCAGCGGGGUGCCCACUGGGAACGGGCCAGUCCGCCAUGUCCAAGAAGGGUCCAGAGCCACAAUGCCUCAAGUGCCCAGUGGUUCAGUCAAACCAAAGAUCAUGUCACCAGAGAAGUCACACAGAGUCAUUUCUCCAUCCAGUGGGUAUUCCAGCCAGUCGAAUACACCCACAGCACUCACCCCUGUGCCUGUGUUUUUAAAAUCAAUGUCACCAGCAAAUGGGAAGGGGAAGCCCAAGCCCAGGGUACCAGAAAGGAAGUCCUCUCUGAUAUCUUCAGUAUCCAUUUCCUCGUCGUCUACUUCUCUUUCCUCUAAUACUUCUACUGAAGGAAGUGGCACUAUGAAGAAACUGGAUCCAGCCGUGGGCUCUCCCCUGGCUCCUCCUCCUCCUGUGCCCUCUCCUCCAUCCCCUUGUCCUGCAGACAGGUCUCCUUUCCUUCCUCCCCCACCUCCCAUCACAGAUUGCUCCCAGGGCUCUCCUCUGCCUCACUCUCCUGUGUUCCCCCCUCCGCCGCCAGAAGCUCUCACUCCUUUCUGCUCCCCACCUGAUUGGUGCCUUUCUCCCCCGCCCACUGCACUGAGCCCCCUUCUUCCAGAUUCACCUGUGUCCUUGCCAUUGCCCCCACCUCUCUUACCUUCCUCGGAGCCCCCACCCGCCCCACCUCUUGACCCCAAAUUCAUGAAAGACGCCAGGCCGCCUUUCACAAAUUCUGGCCAGCCAGAAUCCUCCCGGGGAUCCUUGAGGCCGCCUUCUACCAAGGAGGAGACCAGCAGGCCCCCCAUGCCCCUGAUAACCACGGAAGCAUUGCAGAUGGUGCAGUUGAGGCCGGUGAGAAAGAACUCAGGCACCGAGGCAGCACUGUUGUCUGAACGAACAGCUCAGGAACAACGAACUCCAAUUGCUCCACAGUACCACUUAAAGCCAUCUGCUUUCCUGAAAUCCCGAAAUAGCACAAAUGAAAUGGAGAGUGAAAGCCAGCCUGCCUCUGUGACAAGCUCGCUUCCAACGCCUGCCAAGAGCUCGAGUCAGGGUGACCAUGGCAGUGCGGCCGAGCGCGGCAGCCCUGUGAGCCGCAGCCCUGGAGCUUUGAGCGCUGGGGAGGCAGAGGCUCGGCCCAGUCCCAGCACCACCCCACUCCCAGACUCUUCACCUAGCAGGAAGCCACCCCCCAUUUCCAAGAAGCCCAAACUGUUCCUGGUGGUACCACCUCCGCAGAAAGAUUUUGCAGUGGAGCCCGCAGAGAACGUGAGCGAAGCCCUUCGAGCCGCGCCCAGCCCCACGAGGGGAGAGGAGGGCUCUGUGCACAGCAGAGAGGCAAAAGAGAGUUCUACAGCCCAAGCUGGCUCUCAUGCCACGCACCCUGGCACCUCGGUUCUUGAGGGAGGAGCUGCAGGAUCCGUGUCUCCCGGCAGAGUGGAAGCCAAUGUCCCCAUGGUUCAGCCCGAUGUCUCACCAGCCCCCAAGCAGGAGGAGCCAGCUGAGAACAGUGCGGAUGCUGGGGGCGAUAGGGAGAGCUGCCUAUCUCAACAGGACGGAGCAGCUGGGGUGCCGGAGACCACCGCAGCCAGUUCAUCCUCAGAGGCCUGUGACUUCCUCAAGGAAGACGGGAGUGAUGAGGUGAUGACCCCCAGUCGACCCAGGACCACAGAAGACCUUUUUGCAGCUAUUCACAGAUCCAAAAGGAAAGUCCUCGGCCGUAGAGAUUCAGAUGAUGACCACUCCCGAAACCAUUCUCCCUCCCCGCCCGUGACACCCACCGGCGCUGCCCCGAGCCUGGCCUCUCCAAAGCAAGUGGGAUCGAUUCAGAGAAGCAUCCGAAAGAGCAGCACCAGCAGUGACAACUUCAAAGCUCUGCUGCUAAAAAAGGGCAGUCGUUCAGACACCAGUGCCCGCAUGUCUGCAGCAGAGAUGCUCAAGAACACAGACCCUAGAUUCCAGAGGUCAAGGUCAGAACCUUCACCAGAUGCUCCCGAGAGCCCGUCAAGCUUUUCCCCAAGCAAAAACAGAAGGGCACAGGAGGAGUGGGCCAGGAAUGAAGGCUUGAUGCCUCGGAGUCUGUCCUUUUCCGGCCCCAGGUACGGCCGCAGCCGAACACCGCCUUGUGCCGCCAGCAGCAGGUACAGCAUGCGGAACCGGAUCCAGAGCAGUCCCAUGACCGUCAUCUCGGAGGGAGAAGGGGAGGCCGUGGAGCCUGUGGACAGCAUAGGCCGCGGGGCUCUGGGCGCUGCGGAGGGAUGUUCCCUGGACGGACUGGCGAGGGAGGAGAUGGACGAGGGCAGCCUGCUCUGUGGGGAGGGGCCUGCCGCCUCUCUGCAGCCCCAGGCCCCCGGCCCCGUGGAUGGGACAGCCAGUGCAGAGGGCAGAGAGCCCUCCCCGCAGUGUGGCGGUUCUCUGAGUGAGGAGAGUUAGGGCCAAGAACAUAACUCUCCCAGGUGACACGGGGGGAGAUGAGCGAUGCAGCACUCUAGGAAGCCUGCUAGGCGCCCUUCCCUGGCUCACCUGGGGAUCCCACGCUGUUUCUGUGCUGUGGGCCCGGGGUUGCCAGCCCUGCAGUGUGAGUGAAGGGUUAUUUAGGACUCACUUGGCACUUGCCCUGUGGCUUAAGAACAAGUAGAAGCUUAAACUUCUGAAAGUGCUUCCUGGGGAAGAUUUUUUUUUUUUUUUUUUUUUUUUUUUUUUUGCUAAAUGCUGGGUGUGUGUGUGCAUUUUCAACACAUUUUAAUUUUUAAAAAAUACAUGUAUACACAAACAACAUGUACAGAAAUAGAAGAAAGCAAGCCAGAGUUAAGCUUGAUGGAGUAACGGAGUUACUCUGGACUAGAUGGUAAUUGCUUUCAGAGCAUUAGGUUUAUGGAAAUCAGCGAGUUCCGUAAGAAAGGAGAAGAUGUUACUUCUAAGAAAGAGGCAGUAGAGUUGCUGGAUCUUAAUGCACAGAACACACAGAUAUAUGCACACGUGUGCUGCUGAGGUGAGGCAGGUCUGGUGAACACAGAGGCUGGGAAGGGGCUAAGUGACUAAUUGGUUCAGGUACUUUUUUCUAGGGGAGGUAGACUUUGCUUCUUUUUUGUAAAAAUGACAAACAUGUAGAAGUGGCAACGCUGUAACCUGGUGCCUGCUGCUGUGCAGCCACAUACACACGAUUGUAGCCUGAUUUUUAGAAGUGUGGGUAAUUUUUUAAUGAAUUUCCUCCUUGAGUAGCAGCUGAGGUCAUUGACAACUGAAGUGACGGUGUGGACAUACAGCGAGGGGAAGGGCUUUUAGAGGAGUAAGUGAUACACUGCUGGAAUUUGUUUUCUGCCUAUGAAAUAAAAUUAUUUUUCAGAAUUAAAUUUGAAAACUUGCACUACAGAACUAUGGGUGGGGCUUUUCCUUUAACAACAGUUUUGUUGUUGUUUUUAACCAGAGUUUAAACUUCCAUUAGGCAAUUUCCUGUCACUUGAAAUGUCAACAUCUGCUAACUUUUGGAUAUCCUUUUGGUUACACCAAAGAAAAAGUUAUGGCUAUUUUUUUUUUCCUUUGAACUGCCUACAGUAUCAUGUCCUAAUUCAGAAAGAUUUAUCAAAAUCUAUUAUAUAUUAUCUUACUUUGAAGAAAAUGCUGAAUAGCUCUUGUUAGUCAAAUAAACUGAUAAAAAUUGGUAGGGCCUGGCUAUUAGUUAGCCCUGGGAAAUGAAUUUUCAGAUUAAAAAGUUUUUUUUUGCAUCAUUUGGUUUGUGCGUUUUUAUAUUUGUUUAUAAAUAAUUGAGUUGCUAAUUAUCUUAUAAUCUUCUCCAGUCAGAUUUUCAACAAUUUUAGACAUGGGACACAAGUGUGCCAAGUCUUUAUUUUAAUGUAAUAAUCUCAUUACCCUUACCCUUACUCCCUUAACUUCCAUGUACUUAGACUUCAUUUGUUAAAUAAGCCAGAGGAUUGUCAUCUUCAUUAGAAGGACCUAGGAUGAUAAUGUGGAGACUGUUGGUCUGAAUCUAGUGCAACUACCACCUGCCAGCUUUUGGGGGGUAUGAAAAUAUCUAAAAGUUGGACUGCACGGGUCAAGUCAUUAUGAGACUUAUAAACUAAAACUUUAGAUACCCAUUUAGAAAUGUCUUGGAGGCAAAAACAAACCUAAAGAAUGAAGACUCUUUCCCUUCUCUGAAAAAAAAGCAAAACACUGCUCUUCACACAACCAGAAAUCAAGACCAGAGAUUUGGAGCAAUUGUCUACUAAUUUGGCACAAAGAUCGUUUGUUCUUUAGAAAACUGGCAUUGGCUUUUGAAUAUGAAAUCUUCUCAUAGCUGCCUAAAAAAGACUAGAAUGUAUAUGGAUAUCAGAAACCUUUAAUACAUAAUUUAUGCAAAGAUAAAACAACAUAACACUAAUUAUAAAACUAUUUUUAGAUCCCCAUUUUUAAUGAAAAAUACACAUUUGUAUUUAAUUUGCUUUGAAUAAAAUAAUUGUAAAGUAAA